UAAUAAUUCUAUGUAAUAAAAGUUAACUAAAAUGACUGUGAUUAAAAAACUAAAUUAAAAACCGGAAUUAAAUUUUAAAUGUCACAAAAAUAUGACGUCUUCCGAUAAAUAUACAACUUUAUAUUUGCGCGCGAAGAAGGCGCUACCAUCAAACAUCUAACGGAAAGCCAAUACUUCACAGCCAGUUUCCUAUUUCACCAGCCGCAUUACUAACUUUGUACAAAUAUCGAUUGAGAUGCGCGCGCAUCUUCUACGUUCUUUACUCAUAAGUUGUUCGCGCGUCUGACCGAUCGCUUGUGUAGCGCAAACUGCCAAAAACGGCUGAUUAAAAAAACGUAAUCACUGAUUUCGAACGUAACCCUUCUAUCGCUGGGCCGUUGCCCGGAGCCAAUUUAAAAAGUUAAAAAAAGAAAAAUGCACGCGCUCCCGUAAUUUUUUUUACGCUCGAAUUCUCGCGCGAUUUAGAAGUACAAAAAGGGGAAUACAAGGAGUUUUUUUGUAUAAAAAAGUCGAAUAAAACUAUUACAACGGCUACCUUAAGGAUUUUUAUUGAGCAUCAAAUGCAUCCGGCGUUCACUGUGAACGCUAAACUAUUUAAGCUAGGAUCGACGGAGUCGGAGGACCACUUUAAUUGUGACGUGCCUAUUUCAUUACCCGCGCCGCCUGACAUCGCGCCAUGUCUUUGCCGAGAGAGUUCAUCUUUAACCAGGAGCUGUCCAAGCUGGACCCUCAACUCCUGGGCACCUCGGCGCCCCCGACGACCGUCGCUCCUCUCUCCUGCUCCAUUGACCUGCCCACUGAUGCUAUCGAGGCAACCCUGUCCCCGGACAAGUCAGGUUCGCUGCUGUCGGUACAGUCGGCGCCGCCAGAGCAGAGGGAGCGGCCCCACAGCCUCAUGCUCGAGCUGCCGCUAGCCACUCAAGUGGGCGCAUACCUGUCCGCCAUGUCCCCCACCGAGCAGGAGGAGGACUCCCUGCUGACGCUGUCUUCGGUCACGGCGCGGCCGCUGCUCGCCGCGUCCAAGAAGCUGCGCUCCGAUACGACCAGCGAGUCCACGUCUCCCCCGGACGGAGGCUACGGCUGGGUGGUGGUCUUCGGCGCCUUCAUGGUGCAGUUCUGGGUGGCGGGCCUCUUCAAGUCCUACGGCGUGCUGUAUGUCGAGAUCAUGGAGACCUUCCCGGACAGCUCCGAGUCUGUGGCCUCCUGGAUACCGGCGGCGCUGUCCACCUUGUGUCUCGCUCUAGCUCCGUUGUCAUCAGCUCUUUGUGAGAAGUACUCCUGCCGUCUGGUGGUCUUCAUCGGGGGCCUGUUCUGUGGGACCGGUCUAGCGCUGUCCUACUUCAGCACUGGCUUGCUGCACCUGCUGUUCAGCUUCGGGGUCCUGACUGGAAUCGGCGGUGGUCUCUCCACUACGCCCGGUAUCGUCAUCGUUUCACAAUAUUUCGACAAGCACAGAGCGCUAGCCAACGGUAUAUGCGUGAGCGGGACGGCCGCCGGCAGCUUCGUGUUUCCUAUGCUUAUAGAGAAGCUAGUUGGCACGUAUGGACUGCAUGGGACUGUGUUGCUUUUAGGCGGUGGGAUGCUGCACGUGUGUGUGUCUGCGACUCUGUACCGCGACCCCCCCUGCGUGAGGGAGCGAGCCUCCCCCACCACUACCACUACGGAGAACACUACGCUACUCACCGAUAUACAGGAAGGUAAAACAGAACCCAAGGACAAUCGUCUCCAGGCCCUGUUUCAGCCCGACUCGGAGAACCAUAAGAACUCGCUGCUCACUGAGGAGGCGAAACGAAACGAUCUUCUGGCAGAAAUCAUGCAUCCCAGGCUUAUUGAGGUGACCCGUCAGAACAAUCUGCAAAUGUCUGAUUCUGAAGAUUCCGAAGGAAUGGAUGUGUUGGGCGUUGUCGGUCUCCCUCGGGAGGUGGCGCGUCUCCGCCUGCGGCCCACUCGCUCGUCGUCCAUCCUGCACUCCGUCGAGGACCUGUCCACCGACAGCACCUGCGUCUACAAGCGCCGCAAGCUCAGCAGGUCCCUAUACAUCAAGCCCCCGCUGCCCCGCCUGAUCCCUAAGCUCCCGGAACCCAUCAUCAUCAAGUCAGACCCUGAGGAUCAGAAGGUGGUCGUCAAGAAGAAGACUUGCGUUGAGAAGAUCUCCAGAUACUUGGACGUGUCGCUGCUGAAGUCCUGGCGCUUCGGUCUCCUGUGCGCUUCGGUGGCCCUCAUGUCGUGCGGGUCGCCUUACGCGCUAUACUACCUGCCCGCCUACACUGUGUCCGCCGGACAUAGCAAGUCCGCCGCUGGUCGGCUGGUGGCGAUCAGUGCGGUUCUGGACCUCUGCGGCCGGUUGGGGUUGGGCUGGCUCUGUGACUUGCAGCUUUUCUGCCGAAGGAAGGCCUACAUCCUCAGCAUCCUGAUCGCUGGAAUCUCGGUUCUAACGCUGCCGAGUCUGACGUCGUGGGGGGCUCUGGCUGUCGCAUCAGGCGCAUACGGCCUCUGCCUCGGCUGCUGGUUCCUGCUAGUGCCGGUGUUACUCGCCGACACGUUCGGCACGGCACGCAUCGCCUCCUCCUACGGGCUAGUUCGAAUGUUCCAGAGUUUAGCUGCGCUCUCUGUACCACCUACUGCAGGUCUAGUUCGCGACGUAACCGGCGGCUAUUCGUGGUGCUUCUACGGUAUGGGCUCGUGCAUGGUCCUGGGUUCGAUCCCCGUCGUGGCCUUCCAUCUGUGCACCAAAAACGAGGACGCGGAGUCGGGAGACUCGGGAGUAGAUUGA